CCGGGGCUCCUCGCCCUACAGUGUCAGAAAAAUUAAAAAAAAAAAAAAGCAAAGGAAAAAAGAGAAAGAAAAAGGGAAAGAGGAGCGCGGGCAGGCGGUCGGGAUCUCUUCCCUCCCUCCGCGCCCGCCCUCCCUCUGUCCUUAAGGAAAUGCUACCAGACACCCCCCACCAGACACGCUCAGCCUUGGCGAGGAGCGGCCGCCGCGGCAGCGAGAACAAGGGCACCAGGGGGGUUUCCUCCCCCUCCUCCUCUCCCUUCUCUUCCUCCUCCUCCUCCUCCUCCUCCUCUCCGUCCUCCUCCUUCUCCGCCGUGACUUUCCAGAUUGGCGAAUUGACCUGAGAAACUGAAACUCAAGAUUGUGAAAAUGUGUGAAUAAGACCGAAUGCAGAUUUUCAGGUGGCAUCUUUGAAUUUUUAAAAAGACAAUGAUAAUUAGAUCUACUUGAAGAAUUAAGUGAAUUUAUUUGGUUGGAACACUUUUGCCAAUUCUUUAACAUUCAGCCUCUGGAUCCCCGGAAGUUAUGUAUGUACGAGUUCCUGUGGAGAAAGUUGACCUCGUGGAAAGCAAAGACCAUUGUGAUGCAGAUUUUUGAUAUGAGGAUAACAGGAAGCGUCAAGACAAUCAUGUCCAUGAGAAUUCUACACCAUCCAGAUCAUUUUAUCCUAGUGAAACUCGCAAUUAAACUUUGCUCUAGUUGAUGGGCAAAAUUUCUCCAGGACUAUUUGUCAUCCCGAUUUCAUCCUAGUUGAAAAUAUUCAAAUGCCAUUAGAAACCUUGAUAGAUUUGCACUUAGCUUUUGCGUUGGGCCUUUCUACAAUGGAGAGAACUGUGUUAUAGCCCUGGUCAAAACCAAAACCAUCAGAUGCCCAUAGACUACUGUUGGGCGUGGCAAGUUUCCAAGAAAAGGAGCACCGGCACGUUUGCAGACGCCCUGGAACAUGGAAGCAAGCAAGUUUUGAAAAGCACAGCUUCGAGGACACUCCAUGAGUCUGCACGGCUUUGCAGCCACUAGCACUUAAGACCUUGUACAACAAAAUGGACACUGGGGACACAACUCUCGGACAAAAAGCUACCUCAAGGUCUGGAGAAACUGAGAACGCAUCAGGUAGAUGGAGACAGGAACAAUCAGCUAUUAUUAAGAUGAGCACUUUCGGCAGUCAGGAAGGACAGCGGCAGCCCCAAAUAGAUCCUGAGCAAAUUGGAAACACAGCAUCAGCACAACUCUUUGGUUCUAGCAAACUGGCCUCGCCCGGCGAAGUGGCACAGCAAGUCGCCGAGAAGCAAUACGCACCACACCGACCGACUCCUUACUCAUGCCAACAUUCGCUCUCUUUCCCUCAGCACUCAUUGCCACAGGGGGUCAUGCACAGCAGCAAGCCGCAUCACAGCCUCGAGGGCCCUCCUUGGCUUUUCCCCGGCCCGUUGCCCUCCGUCGCCUCCGAGGACUUAUUUUCGUUUCCCAUCCCCGGCCACAGCGGAGGGUACCCCAGAAAAAAGAUCUCCGGUCUGAACCCCGCUUAUAGCCAAUACUCCCAGAAGAGUUUCGACCAGUCUGAAGAUGCUCACAAGAAAGAGCACAAACCCAAAAAACUCGGCAAGUACAUUUGCCCUUACUGCAGCAGGGCGUGUGCCAAACCCAGCGUACUGAAAAAACACAUCCGGUCCCACACCGGGGAGCGGCCCUACCCGUGCAUCCCCUGCGGCUUCUCCUUCAAGACGAAGAGCAAUCUGUACAAGCACAGGAAGUCGCACGCGCAUGCCAUCAAGGCAGGCUUGGUCCCGUUCACCGAGUCGGCCGUCUCGAAAUUGGACCUGGAGGCCGGCUUCAUCGACGUCGAGGCGGAAAUCCACUCCGACGGCGAGCAGAGCACAGACACUGACGAGGAGGGUUCUUUGUUUGUGGAAGCUGCGGACAAGAUGAGCCCCGGGCCCCCGCUCCCGCUGGACAUCAGCGGCCGGGCUGGCUACCACGGGUCGCUGGAGGACUCGCUGGGCGGCCCCAUGAAGGUGCCCAUUCUCAUCAUCCCCAAGAGCGGGCUUCCGUUACCCCACGACAGUUCUUACGUCGGCCCCGAUCUGCUUCCCGCCCCGUCGCUCAGCGCCAAGGCCGACGACUCGCACACCGUGAAGCAGAAGCUGGCGCUGCGGCUGUCGGAGAAGAAGGGCCAAGACUCCGAGCCGUCGCUCAACCUCCUGAGCCCGCACAGCAAAGGGAGCACCGACUCGGGCUACUUCUCCCGCUCCGAGAGCGCCGAGCAGCAGAUCAGCCCCCCCAACACCAACGCCAAGUCUUACGAGGAGAUCAUCUUCGGCAAGUACUGCCGCCUCAGCCCGCGCAACACCCUCAGCGUCACCUCAGCCAGUCAGGAGCGCGCCCCCGCGGGCAGGAAGGGCCGCGUGGAAGCGCUGUUACCUCACGUCAACACCAGGUUGGACGUCCAGAUGUUUGAGGACCCCGUUUCCCAGCUCCUCCCGGGCCAGGGCGACCUGGAGCCGGGUCCCACGGGCAUGCUGAAGGCCACCAAGUUCAACAGCGAGCCGAGACCGUCGCCACAGCAGCAGCCGCCGCUGCCGCCGCCGCUCGCGCCUUCUGUCAGGAACGAAGGGAAACUCUACCCGGCCAACUUCCAAGGCAGCGGCGGGAACCUGGCUCUCCUCGAAGCACCGGUCGACGCCUCCCCCCUGAUCAGAAGCAACUCCAUGCCCACCUCCUCCGCCACCAAUCUCAGCGUGCCCCCGUCUCUGCGAGGAAGCCACUCGUUCGACGAGAGGAUGACCGGCUCGGACGACGUGUUCUACCCCGGCACGGUGGGCAUCCCCCCUCAGCGCAUGCUGAGGCGCCAGGCGGCCUUCGAGCUGCCCUCGGUGCAGGAGGGGCACCCGGAGGCCGAGCACCACCACGGCCGGGUGCCCAAGGCCCUGGCGGCUUCGUCGUCGCUCAAGGAGAAGAAACUGAUGUCAGACAACAGGCUCGGCUAUGACUAUGACGUCUGCCGGAAGCCCUAUAAGAAGUGGGACGACUCGGACGCCCCGAAGCCUCCGGCCUACAGGGACCUUUCCUGCCUGGGCUCUCUGAAGCACGGUGGAGACUACUUCAUGGACCCCGCCGUGCCGCUGCCCGCCGUGCCCACCCUGUUCGGCACCCCCUGCGAGACCCGCAAGCGCCGGAAGGAGAAGAGCGUGGGCGACGAGGAGGACACCCCGAUGAUCUGCGGCGGCUCGGGUGGGGCGCCCCUGGGCCUGGCGGGCGCCCCCGAGUACGACCCCAAGAUGCAGCUGCAGCAGCAGGAUGCGGCCCGGAGUGGCUUCCCCGCGGGCGGGCACGGCGGCGAGCGCUUCGACCCCGCUCGGCCACCGCCACUGCAGUCGGGCAGCCCAUCGCUGGGCUCAGACGAGUCCCCCUCGGCCGCCGACGCCGACAGGAUGUCAGAGGUGGGGUCCAGGAAGCCCCCCGGGAACGUGAUCUCCGUGAUCCAGCACACCAACUCGCUGAGUCGCCCCAACUCCUUCGAGAGGUCCGAGUCGGCCGAGCUGGCAGGCAGCGCCCUGGACAAAGCAUCCUCCCCAUCCGAGACCUGUGACAGCGACGCUGUCUCCGAAGCCCCCGUGAGCCCAGAGAGUGCAGACGGUGGCUGCGGCAGUGGCGGGGGUCGACCUUCACCCUCGCAGCCAGGCCCGCAGCCCCCCUACCACGCGCAGCCCCGGCUGGUCCGCCAGCACAACAUCCAGGUGCCCGAGAUCCGAGUGACCGAGGAGCCCGACAAGCCGGACAAGGAGAAAGAAGCGCCCAGCAAGGAGCCCGACAAGCCCGCUGAGGAGUUCCAGUGGCCGCAGCGCAGCGAGACUCUGUCUCAGCUGCCCGCCGAGAAGCUCCCUCCCAAGAAGAAGCGGCUCCGCCUGGCUGACAUGGAGCACUCGUCCGGGGAGUCCAGCUUCGAGUCGGCCGGCACUGGCCUCUCGCGCAGCCCCAGCCAGGAGAGCAACCUGUCGCAUAGCUCCAGCUUCUCCAUGUCGUUCGAGAGAGAUGACCCCCUGAAGCUGCCCGCGCCCCCCAACCGGCAGGAGGAGCUGGGGAAGCACUCGGAGUUCCUGACGGUCCCUGCCGGCUCCUACUCCCUGUCGGUGCCCGGCCACCACCACCAGAAGGAGAUGCGACGCUGCUCCUCUGAGCAGAUGCCUUGUCCUCAUCCCCCCGAAGUCCCGGAAAUCCGAAGUAAAUCGUUCGAUUACGGCAAUCUGUCCCACGCCCCCGGGGCCGGAGGCUCGGCCUCCACCUUGUCCCCCUCUCGGGAGAGGAAGAAGUGCUUCCUGGUGCGGCAAGCGUCCUUCAGCGGCUCCCCGGAGACCGCCCAGGGGGAGACCGGGCCGGACCUGAGCGUCAAACAGGAGCAGCUGGAGCACCUCAGGUCCUCGUGGCACCCGGCUGCCUGCCCCCUGCUCCCGCCGCUGCAGGCCACUGAGGAGCCGGGAAAGCAGGUGGUGGGGCCCUGCGCCCCGCUGAGCUCAGGCCCAAUGCACCUGGCUCAGCCGCAGAUCAUGCACCUGGACAGUCAGGAACCGCUGCGGAAUCCGCUGAUGCCACCGGGCUCCUACAUUCCCGGCAAGCACCUGUCCGAACAGCCACCCUUAUUUGCACAUCAAGAGUCGCUUCCCUUCUCUCCCAUCCAGAAUGCCUUGUUUCAGUUUCAGUACCCGACUGUCUGCAUGGUUCACUUACCAGCUCCGCAGCCUCCCUGGUGGCAGGCGCAUUUCCCACACUACGGCAAACCUUUCCAGGCCGACAUGCCUCCUGCCUAUCCCUUAGAGCACGUGGCAGAACACACUGGAAAGAAAUCUUCUGAGUAUGCCCAUCUGAAAGAGCCAGCCCACCCGUGCUAUGCAGGAGCAUCAGGGCUCCACGCAAAGAACCUUCUUCCCAAGUUCCCAUCAGACCAGAGCACCAAGUCAGCAGAUAUUCCCUCCGAGCAGAUGCUCCAAGAUGAUUUCGGCUCUGCCAGCGCCGGCCCGCUCCAGUCCUUGCCGGGAACCGUGGUUCCGGUGAGGAUCCAGACCCACGUGCCGUCCUAUGGAAGCGUCAUGUACACGAGCAUCUCUCAGAUCCUGGGGCAGAACAGCCCGGCCAUCGUCAUCUGUAAAGUCGACGAGAAUGUGACCCAGAGAACGCUGGUGACCAAUGCCGCCAUGCAAGGAAUGGGAUUUAACAUCGCCCAGGUCCUGGGACAGCAUGCAAGCUUGGAAAAAUACCCCAUCUGGAAAGUCCCCCAGACCUUACCCCUGGGCUUAGAAUCCUCCAUCCCCCUCUGCUUACCAUCCACCUCGGACAGUGUGGCCACUCUGGGAGGCAGCAAACGCAUGCUGUCUCCUGCCAGCAGCCUGGAGCUCUUCAUUGAGUCCAAGCAGCAGAAAAGGGUGAAAGAAGAAAAGAUGUACGGGCAGAUCGUGGAGGAGCUCAGCGCUGUGGAGCUCACCAACUCGGACAUCAAGAAGGAUCUCUCCCGCCCACAGAAACCCCAGCUGGUCCGGCAAGGCUGUGCUUCCGAGCCCAAAGAUGGCUCACAGUCGGCAUCAUCUUCCUUCUCCUCGCUGUCCCCCUCCUCAUCUCAAGAUCACCCCUCAGGCAAUACACCCCUGAGGGAGCCGUUUCCCCCGGGCUCCAGGGCACCUCUGCUCGGGCAGAAGUCCAGCGGACCUUCGGAAAGCAGAGAGUCCUCCGAUGAAUUAGAUAUCGAUGAGACGGCGUCUGACAUGAGUAUGAGCCCGCAGAGCUCCUUGGCACAGGGAGAUGGUCAGCUGGAAGAGCACAGGAAGGGCCACAGGCUGCCUUUCGGCAUGCUGGUGCACAUGGCCUCAGGGCCCAGCGGGAAGGCGGCAAAUUCUACUCUUCUUCUCACUGACGUGGCAGAUUUCCAGCAGAUUCUGCAGUUCCCCAGUCUGCGGACAACUACUACUGUGAGUUGGUGCUUUUUGAAUUAUACAAAACCCAGUUCUGUGCAACAGGCCACCUUCAAAUCCUCAGUUUAUGCUUCAUGGUGCAUUAGUUCCUGCAACCCAAAUCCAUCAGGAUUGAACACCAAGACCACACUGGCUCUUCUGAGGUCCAAGCAAAAAAUCACCGCAGAAAUUUACACUCUGGCUGCUAUGCACAGGCCCGGAACCGGCAAACUUACAUCAUCAAGUGCUUGGAAGCAGUUUGCUCAGAUGAAACCAGAUUCAUCCUUUUUGUUUGGAAGCAAACUAGAAAGGAAACUAGUGGGAAAUAUCUUAAAGGAAAGAGGAAAAGGAGAUAUUCAUGGAGACAAAGAUAUUGGAUCCAAACAAAAUGAGCCAAUUCGAAUUAAAAUCUUUGAAGGAGGGUAUAAGUCAAAUGAAGAUUAUGUAUAUGUCAGAGGACGUGGACGUGGAAAGUACAUAUGUGAAGAAUGUGGGAUUCGCUGUAAGAAGCCAAGUAUGCUCAAAAAACACAUCCGCACUCAUACUGAUGUCCGGCCUUAUGUAUGCAAGUUGUGUAAUUUCGCCUUCAAAACGAAAGGAAACCUAACGAAGCAUAUGAAAUCUAAAGCACACAUGAAAAAAUGCCUGGAGUUGGGUGUUUCGAUGACAUCAGUAGAAGACACAGAGACGGAGGAAGCAGAAACGAUGGAAGAUUUGCAUAAAGGGGCUGAGAAGCAUAGCAUGUCCAGCAUUUCAACUGACCAUCAGUUCUCAGAUGCUGAAGAAUCAGAUGGCGAAGAUGGAGAUGAUAACGAUGACGAUGAUGAAGAUGAAGAUGACUUUGAUGACCAGGGAGAUUUGACACCAAAAACAAGAUCAAGAAGCACCAGUCCUCAGCCUCCUCGAUUCUCCUCCUUGCCUGUGAAUGUUGGCGCUGUACCCCACGGGGUUCCUUCGGAUAGUUCCCUGGGACAUUCUUCAUUGAUCAGCUAUUUGGUUACUCUGCCAAGUAUUCAGGUCACUCAGCUCAUGACACCAAGCGACUCUUGUGAAGAUACCCAGAUGACAGAAUACCAGAGGUUAUUCCAGAGCAAAAGUACAGACUCCGAACCAGACAAAGAUAGGCUGGACAUACCGAGUUGUAUGGAUGAAGAGUACAUGCUGUCUUCAGAGCCCAGCUCCUCACCGAGGGACUUCUCACCCUCAAGCCACCAUUCCUCACCGGGAUACGAUUCUUCACCCUGUCGAGAUAAUUCACCAAAGAGGUAUCUGAUACCCAAAGGAGAUUUAUCACCCAGAAGACAUUUGUCACCCAGGAGAGAGCUAUCACCCAUGAGACACCUUUCACCAAGAAAAGAAGCAGCUCUGAGAAGAGAGAUGUCACAGAGAGAUAUUUCGCCAAGAAGGCAUCUGUCCCCAAGGAGGCCAUUAUCACCUGGGAAAGAUAUCAUCACAAGAAGAGACCUCUCUCCCAGAAGAGAGAGAAGGUACAUGACCACCAUCAGAGCGCCAUCUCCCCGAAGGGCUUUAUACCACAAUCCACCACUGUCCAUGGGACCGUAUUUGCAAGCAGAGCCAAUUGUCUUGGGGCCUCCUAAUUUAAGAAGAGGAUUACCUCAGGUUCCUUACUUCAGUCUCUAUGGAGACCAAGAAGGUGCUUAUGAACAUCCAGGCUCCAGCCUUUUCCCUGAGGGUCCUAAUGACUAUGUCUUCAGUCAUCUUCCACUCCACUCCCAGCAACAAGUGCGAGCUCCUAUCCCAAUGGUGCCAGUUGGUGGGAUCCAAAUGGUUCACUCCAUGCCGCCGGCCCUUUCCGGUUUACAUCCUCCACCCACUUUGCCUCUGCCAAUGGAAAGCUCUGAAGAGAAGAAAGGCGCUUCCGGGGACUCCUUCUCCAAGGAUCCCUACAUUCUUUCUAAGCAGCAGGAGAAACGAUCUCCACAUCUUUUGCAGUCAUCUGGUCCACCUAGCACACCCUCCUCUCCUCGGCUCCUGAUGAAACAGAGCACUUCAGAAGACAGCCUAAACGCGACAGAGAGGGAACAGGAGGAAAACAUACAGACUUGUACAAAAGCCAUUGCCUCUCUUCGGAUUGCCACAGAAGAGGCCGCUCUGCUUGGGGCAUCAGAUCAGCCCGCAAGGGUGCUUGAGCCCCAUCAGAAACCCUUAGAAAGUGCACAUGUUAGCAUUAGACACUUUAGUGGACCUGAGCCAGGCCAGCCCUGUACCUCAGCUACCCACCCUGACUUGCAUGAUGGUGAAAAGGACAAUUUUGGUACAUCACAGACUGCGUUAGCUCACUCCACGUUUUACGGUAAGAGGUGUAUGGAAGACAAGCAGUCGAGUUUUCAUGGCAGCAAAGAAUUACCUUCAAGCACAGAGGAAGGCAAAGAGUCUUCAUCAGAAAAGAGUCAGUUACAUUGAUCUAAGAUGCAUGGAGACUUUCGUUUUCACAUCUCCCCAUUUUGUUUUUGUUUUUCUAGAAAUAGAGGUAAUCAAGUUUAUAGCAUGCCUGUCCUAAGUUACAGUAGUUUGCUAUUAUAUAUACUUUUGUUAUUUCAAAAGAAUUAGGUGAAUUAACAAGUCAUCAUGAGCCUGACCAAAACAAAAAUUUGAAAUUAACCUAUUGGGUCUGGUACUUUUAACUUGUACAGAUGUUUGUGCCUUUUCUUUACUUUGCUUAUAUUCUUAUAAGCAUUUUUUAGCAGUAAUUUGUACAUAUUUUAGAAUUUGUGUAUCUGCUUUGUAAUAAAUGUAAUUUCUUUCCUUUUUUGGACACUUGAUCUAAAUGAUGUAAAGCAAAACAGCAUCAAAAUAUAUGUGAGGUUGCACUAAAACAUAUUUUUAUAUGAUUAAAACUGAACAGCUUUUAUGUACAGCUCUGAUUCUGUAAUACUAAUAUUUAUUUACUUUGUUUCAUAAAUUGUACAUUUUUUCUUAAUGUUGUGGAUUGCUUUUCUAUGUGAAGCAUGGGAUUUACUGUUGCGUAAGUAGAACAAAAAAUGUAUAUUGUAAACAAGAUAUUUAAACUAGAGUAUCUUAUUCUGCACUUAUGCAUUAGUUUAAAAAAGAUAAAGGAUGUAUCAGUCAGUUCUUAACGCUUGUAAAUUUUUUUCUCUCUUGUUUGCUGGAUUGACUAUAACUUAAGUGCUGAUUGUGAUUUUAAACUGAUAGUACCGUAAAGCAUUAAAGUAAACAAUGUGCUAUUGUGAGUUUUUUCAAAGCUUUAUAAAUCAGUUAUAAAUAAUAUUAAAAGUAUUUGGUCUUAUGUGAACAUGUUGAUCUAUAUACUCAUCUGAAAAUAUGGGAAAACAUUCCGCCCCAUGUAAAUAUGUACAAGUGCAUCACUGGUACAAUUUAAUGUAACUCGAUUGGACACUAGGUUGCCACAGACCUAUGCUAGGGUGUCUUUAAAAAUUAAAGUGACAAAGCACAUGGGACUGUGUAGAGCUUGGUUAUCGGCCGGCCCGGUGGCUUGGCAGGCAGUGCUGUGCGCUGUCCAUGGAGAAGACCUGGGCGUAAGAAUGUCCUUGGUUCUUGGUGACUGGAACUAAGGCUACUACAGAGGAAUUGCGCUUGGACUCUGAAGGUGGGGUGUGGAAGCAGGAAGGGGUGUGGAGACUCACUCACUGGCCCUUCCUGCCAGCCAAUCCACACGGUAACAGGGUUGGCAUCAGCUUUAGGGGAAGUCACUUUACCUAUUGGAAGAGGGAAGAGUGUCAUACUCCUGGCUAUCUCAGGGGGAAUGGGGAAAGAAGCUUUCCAGGGAAAAGAACUCACGGGAGGAUGACGUCUUUUGUAUAGAACAUUGAGAAGGGGCUUUGGAUAGUGUUGACGGUGAGCAGAGCCUUUGUAGGUCCGGAAGAAUAAAAGAAAGGGAGGGGGGACAACACAUGUGCACACACGCACACGUACAAUCUGGGUUACCUUUGUGCUAUAUAGUGGAUUAUAAUUCUGUGAAACCAAGUUUGUAUAUUGAAUUACAUUAAGGAGUGUUCUUUAAAAAGAGAAAUAAAUAUACAAUUACAUGCUUGA